UGCCGACGUAAAAGGUUUAUUUAGUAUAAUUGUUUUGCUUGGAUUUGCAACGCACAAUGUCUUCAACAAUUUUUGCCAAUGUGCAACAAGGACCGCCAAUUGAAGUGUUUGCGUUGACGCAAGCAUUUAGGGAUGACGUUAAUACACCAAAAGUCAAUUUGUCUGUGGGCGCUUACCGAACAAACGAAGGUCAGCCAUGGGUGUUGCCCGUGGUGCGCAAAACAGAAGUGUCAAUCGCGACCGAUGAGACAAUUAAUCAUGAAUAUUUGCCAGUAACGGGACUGGAUACGUUUACGCAUGCAGCAACUGAAUUGGUCUUGGGUGCGGAUUCAGUAGCAUUAAAAGAGAAACGUGCCUUUGGUGUGCAAACGAUAUCUGGAACAGGAGCUCUGCGUGUCGCUGCUGAAUUUUUAUUUAAUCAAUUGAAGCGUAAUACCGUUUACUACUCGAAUCCGACAUGGGAGAAUCAUCAUAAGAUUUUUGCCGAUACUGGAUUUACCAACCUGAAUUCGUAUCGCUAUUGGGACCAAAACAAACGUCAGCUGGACUUAGAGGGCAUGCUCGCUGACUUAGAUAAGGCGCCGGCUGACUCUGUCAUUAUUUUACAUGCCUGUGCACACAAUCCUACGGGCAUGGAUCCCACCCAGGACCAGUGGAAACAAAUUGCCGAUCUUAUUGAACGUAAAAAACUGUUUCCACUUUUCGACUCAGCAUACCAGGGCUUUGCCAGCGGUGAUCCUGAUCUGGAUGCCUGGGCGAUACGUUACUUUGUAGAUCGAGGAUUUGAGCUAUUUGUUUGCCAAUCGUUUGCUAAGAAUUUCGGUUUGUACUGCGAGCGAGUGGGCAACUUGACGGUAGUACAGCGAAGCGGCGCUACUCGAAACAUGAUCCAUUCGCAGAUAACUCUCCUCGUACGUGGUCUAUACUCGAAUCCCCCAGCGUAUGGAGCUCGCAUCGUAUCGAAGGUAUUGAAUACACCUGCACUCCGGCAAGAGUGGAUGGACUGCAUCAAAAGCAUGUCAAGUCGCAUUCGGGAAAUGCGCUCACUUCUGCGCGACAAGCUUGUUCUAUUGGGAACGCCUGGCAAUUGGGAUCACAUUGUUAACCAGAUUGGCAUGUUCUCCUACACAGGUCUCAAUGAGAAACAAGUGGCCAUAUUGAUCAAGGAAUAUCACAUUUAUUUGCUAAAAACUGGCAGAAUCAAUAUGUGCGGCCUGAACACAGGAAAUAUUGAAUAUGUAGCAAAAGCUAUUCAUGCAGCUGUGACCUCAAAUCCUGCUAACUUAUAAGCAACGAAAAUCAAUUAACAAAGUUUACAACUUAAUAUGGUGGCCUACGUAAAACGUGUCUCGGAAAGAUUUAAAAAAUAUUGUCAAGUUACAAGUAAUUUCCGCAUGCAUUAUGAGAUUGCAUUUUCUAGAAUUAUACAAGUGUAUUAAAUAGCUCUGCUUAGCAUUUUAUAGUACAUUUAUAAU